UCUAACAAAAAUCCAAGAGUUUUAUGUAAGUGAUGACGUAUUAAAAACUUCAUAUAUAAAUAUAACUCCCCCAUUAUUUCCUAUACACACCCACAGAAUGACGAAAAAGCUCGUGAAAUACUCCGUUGUGGAUGCAUUUACAGACACGCCGUUUAAAGGAAACCCAGCGGCUGUGUGUUUGUUAGAUGACACUGAGAAAGAUGAUAAGUGGUUGCAAUCAGUUGCAGCUGAAUUUAACAUCUCCGAGACUUGUUACUUGACUCCGGUUGCCGGUUCCAGAUUUAAUCUCAGAUGGUUCACACCUGUAGCUGAGGUGGAGCUUUGUGGUCAUGCAACUUUAGCAGCCUCCCACUUUCUUUUUAACUCUGGCUUGGUAAAUUCUAACACAAUCGAAUUCUCAACACUUUCCGGAAUUUUAACUGCCAAAAGAAUCCCGGCUAACAAGAUCAACGGCGAAUCAGAAGAUAGUUUCUACAUAGAGUUAGAUUUCCCUGUUGUGCCGGUUUCAGAUUACAAUGAUCUUGAGGUUUCUGCAAUUUCGGAAAUACUAAACGGUGUUUCCGUUGUUGAUGUGAAGACAAACACACUAGAUGAUAUCUAUGUGGAGCUUUCAUCAGCGAAAGAACUGGUGGAGCUCAAGCCGCAAAUUAAUAAGAUUAAAGCAGCCCCGGGUAGAGGGAUAGUAAUUACAGCGCGUGCGCCUGACGGGUCAGGGUUUGACUUUUAUAGUCGCUUCUUCUGCCCGAAAUACGGAAUUGACGAGGAUCCUGUUUGUGGGAGUGCACAUUGCGCGUUAGCAGACUAUUGGCAUGAGAAGUUGGGGAAAUGCGAUUUUGUUGCAUAUCAGGCAUCACCUAGGAGUGGCGUAUUGCACGUCCAUCUCGAUAAGGAGAAUCAAAGAGUACUUCUUCGAGGUAAAGCCACCACAGUCAUGGAAGGAUCUCUUUUGGUCUAAAAUUCGGACCGCUUAUAUCAUCCUCUCAUUGCAAUAAAGCAUAUAUGCUUAGCUAAACUAAUGUGUAUGUUGUAUGAUGUAUUAUGACAUUUGCAAUAUUUGAAACCAAAUUAUCAACUUAUUGUUGCCAUCUAUUCUUGUGUUUGAUAACUGAAAAUUGAAAAUCAUGUAUUUUUUUUUUCUGAUAAUUAUGUAAGUCCUUUUAUUA